AGGGAGGGUGGGGGCGGGGCCAAGAAGCACCGUAAUCUGGUUGGCCAGGCGCGGGUUGGGGGGUGUCGCGGAUUGGUCCGGGCCGGAGCUCAGCUGUGUGGAGCGCACCGGGUCCCGGAGCCCGCGGCCUGAGGGAUGGACGAGACGAGCCCACUAGUGUCCCCCGAGCGGGCCCAACCUCCGGACUACACCUUCCCGUCCAGCUCGGGCGCUCACUUUCCGCAGGUGCCGGGGGGCGCGGUCCGCGUGGCGUCGGCGGCCGGCCCAGCCCCCUCUCCGCCGGGCUCACCAGGCCACGACCGGGAAAGACAGCCACUGCUGGAUCGGGCCCGGGGCGCGGCGGCCCAGUGUCAAACCCAAACCGUGGCGGCACAGGCCCAAGCCCUGGCCGCCCAGGCCGCGGCGGCGGCUCAUGCCGCGCAGGCCCACCGCGAGCGGAACGAGUUCCCGGAGGACCCCGAGUUCGAGGCGGUGGUGCGGCAGGCCGAGCUAGCCAUAGAACGCUGCAUCUUCCCCGAGCGCAUCUACCAGGGCUCCAGCGGAAGCUACUUCGUCAAAGACCCUCAGGGGAAGAUCAUUGCAGUUUUUAAACCCAAGAAUGAAGAGCCAUAUGGGCACCUUAAUCCUAAGUGGACCAAGUGGCUACAGAAGCUGUGCUGUCCUUGCUGCUUCGGCCGUGAUUGCCUUGUCCUCAACCAGGGCUAUCUCUCAGAGGCAGGGGCCAGCCUGGUGGACCAAAAACUGGAACUCAACAUUGUACCCCGUACGAAGGUAGUAUACCUGGCCAGUGAGACCUUCAACUAUAGUGCCAUUGACCGAGUGAAGUCCAGGGGCAAGCGGCUUGCACUCGAGAAAGUGCCAAAAGUUGGGCAGCGGUUUAACCGAAUUGGGCUACCACCAAAGGUUGGUUCAUUCCAGCUCUUUGUUGAAGGCUACAAAGAUGCAGACUUCUGGCUAAGGCGUUUUGAAGCAGAACCUCUCCCUGAGAACACUAACCGGCAACUACUGCUGCAGUUUGAGCGGCUGGUGGUGCUGGAUUACAUCAUCCGCAACACUGAUCGAGGCAAUGACAACUGGCUGAUUAAAUAUGACUGUCCAAUGGAUAGUUCUAGCUCUCGGGACACAGACUGGGUGGUGGUGAAGGAGCCUGUUAUCAAGGUGGCUGCCAUAGACAAUGGGCUGGCUUUCCCCCUGAAGCAUCCUGACUCCUGGAGGGCAUAUCCUUUUUACUGGGCCUGGUUGCCCCAGGCAAAAGUCCCAUUCUCUCAGGAGAUCAAAGAUCUGAUUCUUCCAAAGAUAUCGGACCCUAAUUUCGUCAAGGACUUGGAGGAGGACCUAUAUGAACUCUUCAAGAAAGAUCCCGGUUUCGAUAGGGGCCAGUUCCAUAAGCAGAUUGCCGUCAUGCGGGGGCAGAUCCUAAAUCUGAGCCAGGCUCUGAAAGACAACAAGAGUCCCCUGCACCUCGUCCAGAUGCCACCUGUGAUUGUCGAGACGGCCCGUUCCCACCAGCGGUCUGCUAGCGAGUCCUACACGCAGAGCUUUCAGAGUCGGAAGCCCUUCUUUUCGUGGUGGUAGCCUCAGAGGCAAAUGAAGGCAUAUUGUCUGAGACUUGGGCCAGGAGGAAGCCUGGGGAGCGGGUUGCAGGAAAAGCCAGAGAAGCUUAUGGAGAGCAGUGCCCUUCAGAGCCCUCCCUGUCUGCUUGCCACCCUCCUCAGAGCUUUCCCAAGCACAGGGAGAAGCACAAUCAGUGGGACAGUGUGUGCUGUUGGGCCCUUCUGAGUGCUGGGACGGGCUGGCACUCAGGGCGUGUAGUCCACAUGCCCAGAAGGAGCAUCUCCCUUCCAGCAUCCCUGGGGGGCAGGCUGGGAAACUCCCUCCCUCCCUGACACCCUGCUCUGUUGCUAUUCCUCAUUAUAUUCUGCAUCAGAAGGAAAAAAAAAAAACAAAAAAAAACAAAAAACAAAUAUAAAUACCAGUAGCAAAACCCAGGCAGUUUUUCAGACCCUCUCACGUCAGAAACCGCUGAUCGAGACCUAUAUUUGCAUGGACCCAGACAUUCAGGUGCCUCGUGGUUCCUUACUCCCCAGGACCAAGGCAGCUGGGUGACUUGCUGGCAGCACUGGGACAGACAGAAGGCACACAGCCCUGUGGGUUUCUUUUCCUUUCUUUUUUUUUGGUCUUUUUAGGGCCUCACCUGAGGCAUAUGGACGUUUCCAGGCUAGAGGUCAAAUUGGAGCUACAGCUGCCGGCCACAGCCACAUCACAUCCCAGCUGCAUCUGCGACCUAUACCACAGCUCACUGCAACGCCAGAUCCUUAACCCACUAAGGCUAGGGGUCGAACCUGCAACCUCAUGGUUCCUAGUCAGAUUCAUUUCUGCUGUGCCACGAUGGGAACUCCCUGCCCUGUAGGUUCCUGCCGGGGCUUCUUCCCCUUCUCUCACCAGUGCGAUAUGCGGACUCCAACCACAGUUCUCCCCGCGGGGAGACUGGCUCUAGAGCUCCCAGCAGUGUUAAAGGGAUUGUGUAGAUGGCCUUUGCUCCCUGCCCUGCUAGGGACCCUACUUCUCUAGUCCAGGCCUGCAGCUUGCUUGUCACUCAGGCAAAAGCAGAGGGGAGGAAGCUGACCCCCUAGCCUGCAGAAGUGAUCCAUUCCACCUAAGGGUAUGUUGGGAGCUGUAAUGGUCUGUGGGUGAACUUAUCCCAGCCUUGCUUCCUGAACCCUUGGUCCUAGCCAAAAGUGAUAGACUCGCCCAGUCCACUGAUUUCUUCCUGUUACUUUAGAUAUUUUUUUUCUCUGCUCUUGUGACUUAGAAGUUCCAUUCUGGGGUCUGGAGUGGCUCUUGGUGAGAGUUCUGGGGUGGGGCUCAGCUCCUAAGAGGCAAGGAUACUAGGUCCUUGGACUUCUUUUUAUGCUACCACUGCUGCUUGGUGGAGGUAACAAGACUUGUACUCUGCCUCCUAAUUGGAAGUGUCCCUUUGCUCCCUGACUUCUUAUUCCAGGCCAGUUUUUCCAUGGCUUCUUGAGCAAGGUGGGGUCCAAAGGAGGGAGGCCUUCACACUGGCCCCCAGGGCCAGCCCAGCCCAGUGUGCAUCUUCUUGCUUCCCUGUCUCUUUCCCCUCAGCUGUCCCCCUUUGCCAGCUGUCCGAGUCCUUUCUACACCAAAGCAAAGAAUGGCCUCAGCGGGGAGUAAAGAAGGUGCCCUGUGGUUAAGGGGCCCCCCGGUGCUACUGGACAUUUCAAGCUGCCGGAGCCCUGGGGUUGGUCAGUCAGCCUUGGAAAGAAACUAUCUUGACAGUUUGAAAAACAACCAAAGAAAGGGAGCGAGGACUACGGCUGCGUGCCCUCCACUUGCCAGCUCCCGCCGUGCAGGAAGCAGAGCAGAGAUGUGCAGCCCUCGUGUCAGCUGGGCCAGGCUGGUUGCCUUCCACGCUGGCCCCAGGAGCCCGCUUAUCCUGGGCUUCCACCCAGCUGAUGAGAAGAGCCUCUGGAAGCCAGAUGCGAAUGCCCUGUAGAUGGAGGCCCAGCCCUGACAAUCCUUUUGAGCCGACCCGAACUCUGGCCUUGGGGACCAUGCUUGCGAGAAGACAGGAACAGCAGGGCUCCCAGAGGCUGAAGGGAACCCGUGUGUUUAACUCUCCACCGACAUCUGUGUGCAAACGUGUUGGUAAAGCGCCCCACCUGGCUGUCCCGAGAGAGCCUGAGCCGUGUUAAGAGCCCUGUUGCUUCCCCCUCCAGGCAGAUCUGCACGUUGCCCUCAUUCAGACCAGCUCUGAGACGAGAAGGAAACUGGGUCCAACAUAAGAGGGAGCUGGUUCCAGUCCUGGCAGGUGAAAGAGUGUGGGGCAUCCUUUCCUGGCCCAUCUCCACUCUCCUUGAAGCCUGUACUCAGGUUGCCUUGAAUGUGGACUUUGGGAGAGCCAGGGCUCAGAGGACCAGAGCAGGCUUCCAGGUGGCACUCGUGGAAUGGCCUGGCCCUCUGCCUGCCAUAAGCUCUGUCCCCAGUGUCAGGGAGUAGAGGCUGGGCUGUGAGAGUGCUGCUGCCUCUGUAUUGUUCUUCUAAUGCACUGUAGAAAUUGUAUGUAAUGUAUUUAAAUCAAUGCAGAUGUAUGAAUAACAAGUCCAAUUCUGA